AUGUCUGAAGAAGAACAUAAACACGAAGGAUGCUGCAAUCAUGAUCAUGGAGAUGGACAAGGCCACCAUCAUCAUCACCACCACGAACCGGUAGUAGUUGAUCCUACUAUAGAGGCAGAGUUGAAACACCUCGUAGGGAAGAUCUCAAAGAAUUUUUCAGGAAUGAUCGAGUUUUUGCAAUUUAAGGAGAUUAUGAGCGUUGCUUACAAGUACAUAUUUGCCAACCUUGGUGAAAGAAAGUAAAAGAUGGUUGAGAAUAGAAGACAAUACUUAAAGGAUGGCAACGAUUUACUCUAUGCAGAAGUAGUUAAGAACUAUGUUAUCAGUGAGGAGAACUUGAUGUCAGAUAUAAUGUCUUAGGUAUGCUAGGUGCUUACAAUAGAUGAGUAUUUCCUUCAGCAUACUACUCAAUUUUAUAUGACCAACCCAGCAACAUCAAUGGAGAUUAUGCCAAUAGUUACCGGAAUGUAAAACUCAGGGGACAUCCCAACUAUUGAACACGAGAAAGCUAAAGAGAUUUUCUACUAUCAAGAGGAAAUAAAGAAGGUUCAGAUUAUGGAGUUAAUGAAGAAAUAGGGAAUGGAUGACCCAAAUGAUGAUGAAGAAAUGAUGACAAGAAUGAUGGUGGCUUAAUACAAACUAUCUGAUGAUAUCUUUUUGAAAUACGGUUAUGAAGAAGAAGCCAUUCAAAAAGCCUUCACCCUGCUCAUGUAAGAUCCAGAGAUCUAAGCUUAUACUCUAAAAGCCUAACAGAUGAUGUAUGGUGGCGGUGCUGGCCCAUAAUUACAAGAAUGA